GGCUAAAUUUAUUGUUCAUGAAGGAUCUUAAUUUAAUCCUUCAUAUAUAGGUGUGAAAUACUUGAGCUCCAAUGAGCCAAGCCUCUCGUAAACUUCUGUUCGGUACAUACUCCCUUUGUUGCCUCCAGCCACCGUCACGUCGAGCUUGUAGUUCACGCCGUCCACCACCUGGAUAAAGCCCCUCUGAAUGCUUGCGAGUCUCAACCGAUGUUUGAAACCGUUAUCCAAGUUGUACAUUCCUACUGCAAACCUGGCAAUCUCCUGGACGCGAUGGCUGUGGAUGUUCUUUAUCGGCUGCCACCCACCAUAGGGAUCAGCCCUGACGACGGAGAGAACGACUGCGACGGUAGUCAGAGCCAGGAGAAAUGUAACGGGCUUCAUCUUUCGCGUUCGGUAAGUGAUUCUUCGUGUGACUUUGUUGAGAAAGAUGUUUGCUUGGUG